AAGCAUCCCCAGCACGCACAAUGCCCACACCCAACGUCCCAGCACUCAAAGUCGCAGAGCUCAAGGCCGAGCUGUCCGCCCGCGGGCUCGACACAAAGGGAUUAAAGAAGGACCUCGCGGACAGGUUACAGGCGUUUCUUGAUGCCGAGGCGGCGGCGAGUGUAGCGAGCGCAGGCGCAGGCGCAGAUCAGGCGGAGGUGCACGAGGUGCAGGUGGAUCCCGCGCACGUCGAUGGCGGCGCCACGAGGGACAUCGAGGUGCACGACGAGGUGCAGCACGAGGCCAAAGCGCAACCUGCCCAACUCGCCCCUGUGCCAGACGUGGAGGUACAACAACCUCAACCUCCACUCGACUCGUCUUCUCCUCCUCCUGCUCACACAAUGCCGCCAAAACGACCCGCAACACCCCCGCUCGCAACGCCGCAGGUGAAGCAGAGGCCAAGUACCCCUCCACUACCGCCAGCUCCGGCCCCAGCGUCGGCGCGACCCGCGACCCCGCCACCGCCUGUGCCGGCGCCAGCUCGCGCUCGUCCGCCGACCCCGCCGCCGGCGCAACCUCACCGCCCGCCCACGCCGCCGCCAGCACCCCGCGCCGCGCGCCCGUCGACCCCUCCCCUUCCGCGCGCGCGUCCGGCCACUCCUCCCCCGGCUGCGACUCAACCCUCAGCACCCGCCGCGAAGGCGCCGUCGCCGUCGCCGUCGCCGCCCAAGCCCUCCUCGCCCACCAAAGCGGCGCCGCCCAAGCCCUCACCCCCCAAUACCACCUCCAUGCCCCCCGCCUCUUCCCUUCCCCCGUCCCUCGCGCACCUAGUCCACCCGCCCACGACAGUCCUCUACAUCUCGAACCUGCGCCGCCCGCUGCAGUUAUCCGCGCUGCACGCGCACCUCGGCCCCUCGGGCUCCGCGCUGCCCGAGUCGCGCGCGCCGUUCGGCUCGCCGCUGACGCCGGGGCUGUGGCUGUCAGGCGUAAAGGACCACGCGUACGCGAGCUACGCGAGCGUCGGCGCCGCCCUGUCGGCUGCUGAGCGUAUCCACGGCGCCGUGUGGCCCAAGGACACGGGCAUGGCCCUCGACGUGCAGUUCGUCGACGCGGCUGCUGUUGCCAGCCUCCUCCAGCGCGAGGAGGCCGCGUGGAAUACCGGUAGAAAUAAGCUCUCGCUCGUCGUGUCCCGCGUCGGCGACGCGUUCGAGUUCGACCUCGUUGCCGCUGGCGCGGGGGGCCCGAUCCGCGGCGGGCGCGCGGCGGGGCUCGCGAACCCGCUCGCCGCGGCGACGGCAGCCGCGGCUCGCCCGGCAGCAGGGCUGGCGUCGCGCCUCUCUGCCGCGCCGGCCGGCUUCUCUGUGCUCGGAGCUGCAGGCCGUACUGCCGCCACGGCGGGCGCGCCAGCCACCCCCGCUGGCCCGUCGAUGACGGCCCCACCCCCUGCCCGCGCCGGCGCGCCGUCGAGCCUCGGCGCACGUCUCGGCGCGGCACCGUACGCCCGCCCCCCGGCAGGCAACGGCCCCGCGCCGGUGCUGCCGCCUGUCGCGCCGUGGGACCGCCGCGGCGACAACGACCGCCCCCCACCCACCCGCCGCGAGGAGCGCGCUGCGCUCGGCCCAGUCCGUCGGACGCGUGUCCGCCCCGUGCUGGCGUGGCGUGAGGGCCCGCGGGCUGGGCGCGCUUCUACGCGUUAG